GUUUGCAGUGUUUGUGAUGACAGAACAGAUGGUGAGGUUGCCUGUUUGGGCACCGCUGUGGGUGUCAGACGCGUUUCAGUCCAGCUGACCUGCACCAGGCAGCUGCUCGUCACUGGAAGCUGUGCGCUGCAGCGUUUCCACUCCUCAAGUAUCACCGUGUCUCCAGCGCUGGAGUCCAGAGCAGAUAUCACAAGCAAGGGGGUGUUUUUCCACAUAUAAGAGUUGCUGUCGUUUUAAAGGCUGAUUGUUUCUAUUCUAAAACAUAAUCUGCUAGCCCCUCGCGCAUUCUCCUGGAGCUGCGGAUUGUGCAUGGGUCAGAUACAGUAGCCUGCAGCAGUCUUACGGAGGAUACAACAGCGUUUCAGAGGCUCAAACCUUUACAUGAGGAAGUGAAAACAGAUACAACUUUCAGCAGACAUCAAGUUUGGACCAUAUGAUCUUCUGACCUUGCUUCUCUCAAUACCUUUCUACUGGAUUAGAAAUCACCACUAUCGGUAGUGCCUGCAGCAUCCAGCUAGCAGUAACAAAGACCAAUGCUCAUGAACUUUCCCUACAAGCCUUUCCCUAGAACACUGCCACUCAUCUAAGCUGAGUGUGAACAGAUAGAACAGAAACAUGGCACUCAGCUCAGGGCGUCCUCUGCUCUGGCUUUGCUCGGGAUUAUUUAUUUCCUUAAUUUUUCCCGUACAUGGCAAAGAAUGUCCUCAUUUGUGUGUAUGCGAGAUCCGCCCUUGGUUCACCCCCCAGUCGACCUACAAGGAGGCAACCACAGUGGACUGCAAUGAUUUGAGGCUCACGCACAUCCCUACCAACCUGUCCACGGAUACUCAGGUGUUACUGCUCCAAAGUAACGCCAUCUCUCACACCAGAGGCGAGCUGGAGGCACUGUUCAACUUGACAGAGUUGGACCUGUCCCAGAACAACUUCAGCACUGUGGAAGCUGUGGGCCUCAAAGGUAUGAACCACCUGACUACCCUUCACCUAGAGGAGAAUCAGAUCAGCAAGUUGUCAGACCACUGCCUAGGAAACCUCUCCAAUCUCCAGGAGCUUUACAUCAACCACAACCAGAUAAGCUCCAUCUCCCCUCGGGCAUUUGCAGGUCUGCACAGCCUGCUGCGCCUUCAUCUUAAUUCCAACAGGCUCCAUGUCAUAGACAGUCGCUGGUUUGAAGAAACACCUAACCUUGAAAUCCUCAUGAUCGGGGAGAACCCAGUUUUUGGCCUACUGGACAUGAACUUCAAGCCUCUAAAAAGCCUGAGGAGUCUUGUCCUGGCUGGCAUGGACCUCACUGAUGUUCCAGCAAAUGCUUUUGUCGGUUUGGAUAGCCUUGAAAGUAUUUCUUUCUAUGACAACAAACUGGUAAGAAUCCCUCAACUGGCCCUUCAAAAAGUUCCCAAUCUGAAAUUCUUAGAUUUAAACAAGAAUCCAGUUCUCAAAAUCCAAGAAGGAGAUUUCAGGAACAUGUUACAUUUAAAGGAGCUGGGCAUAAACAAUAUGAUGGAGUUAGUUUCAAUUGACCGUUAUGCCCUGGACAACCUACCAGAACUGACAAAGCUGGAGGCCACCAACAACCCAAAGCUGUCUUAUGUGCAUAAAUUGGCCUUUAGGGACAUGUCCUCUUUGGAGAGCCUAAUGCUUAACAAUAACGCCCUCACUGCCCUUUACCAGCACACUGUGGAGGUGUUGCCUAAUCUGCGGGAGAUCAGUCUACAUCGCAACCCAUUGCGGUGCGACUGUGUCAUUCAGUGGAUGAGUUCCAACAGGACGAGUGUGCGCUUCAUGGAGCCUGUCUCCAUGCUCUGCACCUCCCCGCCAGAACUCAUAGGCCAGCAGGUUCGAGAGCUAAGGCUGCUGGAUUCCCCGGAGCAAUGCCUGCCCCUCAUAUCCCACGACACCUUCCCUAGCCACUUGAGCCUCGAGCUGGGCAUGAGUGUCAGUCUGGACUGCAGGGCCAUGUCUGAGCCCGAGCCUGAGAUCUACUGGGUGACUCCUCUAGGGUCCAAAAUCACAAUUGACACUGUGUCAGAGCGGUACCACUUGACCAAUGAAGGGACUCUGCAUCUGUCUCAUGUUCAGGUUGAGGAUUCUGGGCGUUACACCUGUGUGGCUCAGAACACUGAAGGAGCAGACACACGGGUUGCCACCAUCCGUGUAAAUGGCACUCUGCUCGACAGCGCCGAGGUGAUGAAAAUAUAUGUCAAGCAGACCGAGUCGCACUCCAUCCUGGUUUCCUGGAAAGUUAAUUCCAACGUCAUGUCCUCGAACCUGAAGUGGGCGUCAGCCACCAUGAAGAUUGACAACCCCCACAUCACUUACACAGCUCGUGUUCCUGUAGAUGUUCAUGAGUACAACCUCACACACCUUCAACCUGCUACUGAGUAUGAGGUAUGCCUCACGGUGUCCAAUGUCCACCUGCAGACACACAAGUCCUGUGUUAAUGUAACAACACGCAUCGCUACCUUUGCCAUGGACCUGUCUGAUCAGCACCCCAGUGCGGCUGUGUUUGCUGUCAUGGCGACCAUGCUGGCUUUCCUCAGUCUGGCCACAGUGGGCGUCUACAUUGCCCGCAGAUGGAAGAGGAAAAACUACCACCACUCUCUGAAGAAAUACAUGAUGAAGACUUCCUCCAUCCCCCUGAACGAGCUAUACCCUCCGCUCAUCAACCUGUGGGAGGCUGAAGGAGAGAAGGACAAAGACAGCAGCGCAGAGGGAAAACCCUCUCCUGUUGACACCACCCGUAGUUAUUACAUGUGGUGAUGAUGUUAGUAUGAGGCCUGGCUGCCUCUCCAGCAGCGCAAAAAGACACACUUUUGCCAUUUUGGUGCAAAAGUCGAAUAUAAUGUUUUUUUGUAUUCUCAGCUUUGCUAAUAAGAGGCAGAGUGAUCAAGGACAGGAUUUUUAUUAGUAUAGCGUAUCGCCUUUGUUUGUUUGUCUCUUUAUCUUAAUUGUUUUGGAUUAUCCAAGUUGGCAGCUGUAUUUAGCCUCCAGGUUGUAUUAGUUGCUAUGCUCUUGUUUCUGUGGUGCAUUUUGACUCAUUUUCUUUUGGGUUAAUAAUACAGCAGCAGGGGCCGAUGUUCUUCUUGCAGCAUUAGUAGCAUCAGUGUUUCUUUAAAUGUUUUGUAAAACAGGUAAUCUGUUGUGCACUGAUAGAUAAUGGAGUUUGUAUGAACUUCAGUUAAAAGCUGACAGCUGGGUUAAGACUUAUUUAACUGUCUACUGAAUGUUAGCAAUUGUGCAGUAAUGUUGUAUCAACUAUACCUUUGAACUUUCUGAUUCAAAUUGCAGAAAUUAGAAUUUUAGUUUGCUGAUUAAAUGUAAUGUUAAUGCUAAUAGUACAAAUGUUUGGUAAAACAUUUUGCGUCAUUUUACUAAGGUGCUCUAGAAACGUUUUGACCCUUUUACUUGUUUACUCACUUAUUUGCUAGACUUAUUUCGCUAAUUGCUUAG